AUGAAAUGUGAUGAACAGCAACCGGUUUGCGCCAAUUGUUUACGUUCAAAAAGAAAGUGCUACAGAGGAAUCAGACUUAACUUCACUCAAUACACCAUUUAUAACCCAAAGAAGUCCCUAUCCUCAUCAUCAUCUGGACCCAAUGAGUUCGGUGCUUAUGUUUCAGAAUAUCAUCAUCGUCAAUUUUAUGACAGAGAGUUACUCUCUCGAUCCCAUAAAAUAUUGGACCAAUCCAUAACUAUUGCUUCACUUUAUAAAGAUGGGUAUAAGAAAUAUGAACCAUAUGUUCGACUCCAUUCAAAGAAAGAUUUAGAACUAAGUAAACUCCAUUUCCAACGGGACAUGAAUGCCUACAAUGCAAAACUACCGCCUCUGACAGGAUCAUCAUCCUCCACCAGUUCCACCACCAAUUCCUCCUAUCCAAAUACAACCUUGUCCAGAUCACUAUCCUAUCUGCCUACAACUCGUCACCGAUCUCAAGGUUAUAUCAAUGCCUCCUUCCAUCCUGUUUCUGAAUACGAGUUGAUGCCUCCACCACAAACCAUUCCAACUCAUAUAGAUUCCACAAGAAACGAGUAUCAUUCGUACCAACUUACAUCACAAGAUACCCAUGGUCAAAAUUAUGGCUUGAUGCAAACCUACAUUGCUCCCAUGAGACAUCCAGCUCCACAACAAGAUCAAUCUACUUUUCCUUACAGAAAUUCAGAUGCAACACAGUAUCUUCAACAACUGCAUUCAUAUCGUGAUCCCCAACACCAACAGCCGUAUUACAAGCACAUGGAAUAUCGUGAAGGGUGCCCCCCUUCUCAAAGACCCCAACAGGGGCCCGUUCCUCAACCUUCGAAUAUUCCAUAUCAAAUCUCACGGGCUUCCCUUGGAGCUACACCGGCGCCAGCACCGCCUCCACCACCUCCACCACCCUCUGGUCCCGGUCCUGGCCCCUCUCAACACAUUCCUUAUUACCAGCCAGCAUUGGAUGGACACCAUUCAAAUUAUGAUAACUACUUUUCUUCCAAUGCCCAGGUUUCAAACACCCCCAGUCAUUCGAACACUAUUGGAUUACGGCCAAUAUCCAUCCGCCACAACACUAAUAGCAAUAACCAACUUAUGCAUACUGCAAUCCCACCGCAACAGCACUAUUAUAGUUCAGACAGAAUCGCGAGAAUGGCUCCUCAGUAUUCACCACUGGGAUAUCAUAAUCCUGAAGAUAUACCGCAAGGCCCUUCAGAAACUCCUCAAGUUCAACAAUUCCCAGCAUCAUUCCAUCCACAAUCGCUCACACCACCCCAACAUCUUUCGCUAAUAACAAACUCUGGUAAUGCUGAUAUCAGGACUUCACUACAAGCUCCAGGUAGUAGUAGUUUUAUGCCACCAACAUCCACUAUGCCCCCAGACUUAUUGGCGCAGAAUCCACUGAAUGUUGAUACUAUGACUAUCCCCCAACCCAACUUUGGAGGGGAUGUUACGAACAGACAGUCGUAUCAACAAGCACCGGAUUUUAGUUUCUCCUCCGGGUUGGUGGGCACUUCUUCCGGAGGAGAAACUAGCACCCGAUCAGGUGCUCCUGGGUCUUGGAUCAAGCCUGAUCCAACAUAUCCUGGAUGGCAAGAAGAUUUCGAAAAGUAUUUACAAGUUUUGGAGGAUGAGAAAUACUAUUGGUUGUUAGACAUGUUUAACGAAAAAGGAGUAUGGAAGUCAAUUAUACCCCCAUAUUGCCUUCAAGAGCGUGCUGAAAAUAAUAACGGAUUCUUACUUGAAUGUCUUCUUAAUUGCUCUCGUAGUAGUGGGAAUCCUCGACUAGAAUCAAUUAUAGAAGUCCAAUUGAGUAUAUUUGAUAAGAUAUUUGAUAGUGUUGAUCCCAAUACAAAGCAGCCCAUCCUCAAUAAGAAUUUGAAGGGUAAAUCAUUGGAUAUACUUGUUCUUCAACUUUUGAUAAGCAUUUCUUUGAUUCUAUUGAUGUUUCAGAUCAAAUUAACCAAUUAUCUGAUGCAAAUUGGAACUUAUUCAGUUACAGUUAUUAACAAUCAAUUGAAGUUGUUUGCUAUUUUAUGUGAGUUGAUCUUUUUGAACAAUAAGUUCUCUUUUACAACUACUACUGCUAAUACUACUAUUGAUGAUACCAAAAAAACUACGGAAAUCGGUGUUAUGAAGGUUUGUGCCAUGUAUUCUGUAACUAUUUUGAAGUUCUUUCUUCUAAAAUACUUGCAGGCGAAUCGGAAACUAAUGGACUUUAAUAAUAUAGACGAUAAGGGUCCUUCCAAAUGGAAGAUUGUCUACGAUUAUGCUAGUAACAAUCUAUAUUACCUUUUCAAUUUGAAUCUGUUUGAAAUAGAAAACCUCAAGACGUUUUAUCAUGGGUUUUCACAUUGUCAAACAUUCAUAAACCAAAAGGAAGGGAAUAAUUCAGAUGCCUCCAAUCUAAGAGAAAUUAUCUGGAAAGUCAUACGGUAUCAUUAUGAAGUUCUAAAUCCAGAGAAAUUCAUUGAUAAGACUACUAGUUCCAAUAUUAAGGUUGAGAUGCACAAUAAAAGUGAUACUAAUAAUGCUCUAUUGGCUGAAACAGAAAAGAUUUACUCCACCAAAAACCAUGAUGCAGCACCAGUGUUGCCAUUGCUAAACGAGAAGCUCGGAAUUAAGUCCGGUUCAGUUAAUGAUUUGUUCAAUCCCCAUAGACUCAAUAGAUACGACUAUACAGGGAAAGAUGGUACGGCACUUCUCCCCAAUGAUCGCAUAUUGAGUAUGGGACUACUUACAAAUUACAUGAACAGCAUAGUUGCUAAUCAGGUGGAUGAGCCAACAUCGUCUACUUUUUACAAAAAGAAGAUUGUGGGUGUGUUUCAAGCCCUUAGCGAUUCCUUCUUAGAAUCAGAUUUGGCACUACGUUGGGAAAGAAACUAUAGCUGGCUUCUUCAGACAUAA